UUUUCUUGUCACUGUGCGUAAAAACAACGCCAUCAGGACACAGACAGUAGUAAACAGAACUCUAGCAGGACUUUUUAAGCCUAAAACUGAGAUGAGAAACUAGUGUCAAAUUUAGGGGACCGUCGUGUAUUUUGUUCUUUCCUGGAGAAAAAAGAUCUUUAUUAUUUUUCCCCCUGCGUUUCUUCUCUCCGCCUUGUUCCGCGCUGCGGAGCUGCAGUGAUGUCAGCCAGCCUGGGUCAUUUGAAGGUCAGCAGCCUCGGAAGGGUUCAUACAAAGUUCACUCGCAUAUAUUAGGCAAUUCAAUCUUUCACUCUCUGUGGCAAAACUAGUUGGAAAUGAGCUGCAUGGGAGGACGGAUAACCCAUUCGUCAUCGGAGAGGAGAACAUGUGCUUUUAAGCGUCGUCCCUGUUAUUUUUGAUACUAGAAACGAAAGAUCCUCCAGUUCAGGCGGGCUUUGCCGCUGCUUUCUCUGGUGUCGGUAACCGGGACGGGGCGACUCAGAAAAAAAACACGUAGGAAUAUUACUGUUAUUAUGGAGCAGUCCUGUUCAGGCUUUCGUGGCGACGCGCUGACUGGACACGGUGCGAGAAAAUGGCAAAUGAUCAUUUAAAACAAGUCUUGGAGCAUUUUGGUCCGAAAUAAUUCAUGAUUCCGGUGCGGGACGAAGGAGAAGAAGAGGAGCGAAAUCAUCCGUGCCAAGAAGAAGAAGAAGCAGGCGACGAAGAGGAGGAGAAGGAAGAGGAGGAGGAGGAGGAGGAGGGGGGAAGAAGUGGAGUUUGAUGGAGUUGUGUGCGCUUAUGCCGGUGAUUUUUAUCCAUAACGCAUAAGACGAGUCGAACGACGCGCCGUCAUCAUGUUUGACUGCAUGGACGUGCUGGCCGUGAGUCCCGGACAGAUGCUGGAUUUCUACACGUCCAGCCCGUCCUCCUGCAUGCUGCAGGAGAAGGCUCUGAAAGCCUGCAUCAGCGGACUGGCGCACAGAGAGUGGCAGCACCGCCGGAGCGCACACUCCAUUGAGACACAGAGCACCAGUUCUGAGGAGCUUGUCCCCAGCCCGCCAUCCCCGCCACCCCCUCCCAGAGUCUACAAGCCCUGCUUCGUCUGCCAGGACAAGUCCUCUGGAUACCACUAUGGUGUCAGUGCUUGUGAGGGCUGCAAGGGUUUUUUCCGUCGAAGCAUCCAGAAGAACAUGGUGUACACAUGUCACCGGGACAAAAACUGCAUUAUCAACAAGGUGACGAGGAACCGCUGUCAGUACUGCCGCCUUCAGAAGUGCUUUGGAGUGGGAAUGUCCAAAGAAUCUGUUCGAAAUGACCGUAAUAAGAAGAAGAAGGAGAGCCCAAAGCCGGAGCUGGCAGAGAGCUACGAGCUGACAGCAGAGCUGGAGACCAUCAUUGAAAAGAUUCGAAAGGCCCAUCAAGAAACAUUCCCCUCCCUCUGCCAACUUGGCAAAUACACCACGAACUCGAGUGCAGACCACCGUGUGAGGCUGGACCUGGGCCUGUGGGACAAGUUCAGCGAGCUGGCCACUAAGUGCAUUAUCAAGAUCGUGGAAUUUGCCAAACGAGUGCCUGGCUUCACGGGGCUAACCAUCGCGGACCAGAUCACGCUCCUGAAAGCCGCCUGCCUGGAUAUUCUGAUUCUGCGCAUCUGUACGAGGUACACCCCUGACCAGGACACCAUGACCUUUUCAGACGGGCUCACCCUCAAUCGGACGCAGAUGCACAACGCUGGCUUCGGCCCACUCACCGACUUGGUGUUCACUUUUGCCAACCAGCUGCUGCCCAUUGAGAUGGACGACACGGAGACAGGCCUCCUCAGCGCCAUCUGUCUCAUCUCUGGAGACCGUCAAGACCUGGAGGAACCCUCCAAGGUGGACCAGCUCCAGGAGCCACUCCUGGAAGCUCUGAAGAUCUACGUGAGGAAGCGUCGGCCCAGCAAACCGCACAUGUUCCCCAAAACCCUGAUGAAAAUCACAGACCUGCGCAGCAUCAGUGCUAAAGGAGCAGAGCGGGUCAUCUCUCUGAAGAUGGAGAUCCCAGGCUCCAUGCCACCACUCAUCCAGGAGAUGUUGGAGAACUCGGAGGGCCAAGACGGCCAGAGCAGUAGCAGCAGCACUAGCACUUCGGCUGAGGUGGGGGAAAGUCCUAGCAGUAAGGGUAGCCCCCAGGAGGCCACUGCUGUUGAGUCGCCAGAGUCCUCGGACACCGAUGGGGCUACGGCUACACCACCCAGCGACAAGCCCUAGGAGGCACCUGCAGGUGCCUCAAAACUCUCUGACAUUCCUUUGCACAAAAAGGAACAGCCAGGAAGGCACCUACCCCCUAUAACCCCUCUACUCCUACUCCUUUGCUUGGUAUUGCGUUAUCUUUAUACCCUCGUCCUAUUUUUCUCCACCAUUCCCCUAAAAUUCCCUCUUUAAAAAGAAAACGUCAACACGGAGGCCUCAAAGGAUUAGUGCUUUGUGUAUAAUUCUGUAUUGAGCUCUUAUUUGGCGUGGUGUCUCUGGGACAGGGACUGUGACAGGAAGGGCAUGGCCCUUGCCAACCACCAGAGAUGAUACUCCUCAGGUCUCCUGUGUAAAUUCUUAUCUGCAUGACGGGAGUUUGAUAAGUGGUUUUACUCCUUUCUCACUCCUUCUCUCUCUCUUUCUCUGUCCUCAUGUCUUCAUCUCUUGUAAUGUUGGCAUACGUACAUUGUACAUACCAUUGUAUGGUUACAUCUCUGUUUCUAUGAUGAAUUUUGUGGUGCUUUUUUCAUUGUCUUAAAUAUUAUCUUUGAGGCGAUACAUCAAGGCUUAAAGGGGGACUAAUUGUAAGUCCUUCACAAAGUUAUCUAGAAUGUUAUUGCAUAUAGACAUUAUGGAAGUCUAAUAUUUUAUAUUUGUUCCUAUAUUUAAAACAGUUUUUGUCUUUUAUAACACUUCUUGGUUCAUGUCUCUACAUGAAUGGUUAUACAUCCACACCGCGAGAAUGCAAAGCUUCUCUCCAUACUGUUUCCUCAAAGGAGGGAAGCACAGCAGCAGAAGCCUUUGAUACACACUCAUCAGACUGACCAUGUCUGGUUAACGCUCAGUCUCGACAUGAACCGCUGAGACCUGAAGUACAAGAUUAGAUUUAGAAUAAGCCAGUCUAUGAAAUCAACUCAUUUGUUGGCUGUAUCUCCUCAGUAAAUCGGUUUACCUCACUGUCAAAACAAAUUGGGAAAAUUAGGUUGCUGAUAGAUGCCAGAGGUUUUUCUGCAGCAGGCUGUGAUCACAGAGGACACUUCUUGUAUCCGUUUCCAUGUUAUCCUAUACUUCUUUCUGACCAAGAUUCAACUUAAACUGUGUUGCACUUUAUUAUCAUCAUCUGGUCAGUUAAGAGGUUUAACAAGUUGAACAAGCUAAUGCUGUGCCACAGUUUGUUUCCCCUUAAAAGCUCUGUUUCCCCUGCAUCACACUUAUUUUUACUGAUCUCAAACAAGUGUCCACUGAUACUGUGAGGAAGAUGUCUGGCUUCCUCAUUAGCUCACUUGCUGUUUCUGAAUCUAAUUUCUGAAAACGUGAUUAGCUUGUUUUGGUGGAAAAAGUACAAGUACAUAAAAGGUCUCAUUACCAAGGAAUCAAAUGUAUUAGAGAAUACAAAUGUUGAAACAACAACACUGAAAUGGAGAUAAAAAGAAAUCCUUGAAAUUGAUUUCAUGUAUUCACAUUCUCUCUUUCCAGAUUAGCAUGUUGCCCUCCUGUUAGCAAACACAGCCAGCACACUGGUAUGGCUCGCUUUUUUUUUUUUACAAUUUAGGUCACCAUUGUAACUGUUAAGGUCUGUGAACUCAACACUAUAGCUUAAUGAAGCCUUAUAGAGACAGAAACAAGCUGUCAGAUGGAUAGACAGGUUGCCAACUGUUUUGCCAGACUAUCUUAACCCCUGGAGGCAAAACUGAAUAGCUAGCACACCAGAAACUGCACAGGAGGGUUAGGGUCAGCAUGGUAGGUCGAUGUAAAACCAGACAGUCGUCUAGUGUUAACAGUGAACAGUUCGGAUCAUAAUUUUGCCUUUCAUCUUUGUUUUUUCUUCCAAAUAGCCUAUGUUUGGCUAGCCUGGCCUGCAGGCUGUCUAACGUCUUUUAGUGAUGUUGCUGUA